AUGAGUCGCUGUGUGACUCUGACACCUUUGAUGAUUUUCCUCCAGGAUGUUCUGCCUGUUGUCCUGGUCCACGGACAGACGCUGCGCUUCGUUACGCUGGUGUAUCGCCAUGGUGACCGAUCCCCCCUGGGCACCUACCCCACCGAUCCUCACAAGGAAGGCCCCUGGCCACAAGGUUUCCAACAGCUUACUGGGGUAGGUAUUUUGCAACAGAAAGAGCUGGGCCAGUUCCUCAGAGAAAGAUAUGCUGGAUUUUUGAGUGCCUCCUAUAAACCACAGGAGAUAUACGUACGCAGCACUGAUUACGAUCGCACCAUCAUGAGUGCACAAGCCAACCUGAUGGGGCUGUAUCCAGACUCGGAUCCAGAGAUAGGCUGGAGACCUGUCCCCAUCCACUCAGUGCCCGUUAGGUAUGACAAGCUCCUGAAGCCACCAACUCGGACCUGCCCACGAUACCAGCAGUUGAUGAAAGAGACCAUUAAUUUGCCAAGCUAUCAAGCUAAAAUGGAAGCUUGGAAGGGCUUUGUAUCAGAGAUGGCUAAUUACACAGGGCUUAAACCUGAGCAGCUGACACCGAGGGGCCUUUGGAAGGUGUAUGACUCCCUUUUCUGCCAGAAAAAACACAACCUGGCCUUGCCUGCCUGGGCCACACCACGGGUCUUGAAUACGCUUUCAGAAAUAGAAGCAUUUAAUAUUGAAGCCCAUGUGGGGAUGCAUGCCAGCCAGGAGAAGGCCAGAUUCGCUGGAGGGUUGCUGCUUGGUGCUAUCCUGAGCAACUUCUCCAAAGUUGUGUGCCGAGAUCUUCCCCUGAAGAUGAUCAUGUAUUCCGCUCAUGACAGCACCUUAAUUGCACUGCAAGGAGCCCUAGGAGUUUACAAUGGCCGUCUGCCACCGUAUGCUGCCUGCCAUGGAUUUGAAUUCUACCAGGAAAGUAAUAACACAUUCAGCAUAGGCAUGUUCUACCGGAACAGAAGCAACCAGCAGCCCCACACGCUCCUCUUGCCCGGCUGCCCCACACCUUGUCCUUUACCGCUCUUCGUUAACCUCACCACUAAAGUUGUGCCACAGGACUGGGAUGCCGAGUGUCAACACCCUCAGAGAGGCACAGGGCACACCGUAACGGCACUGGCUGUGUCAGUAGGCCUGCUGAGCGUGGCCUUCGUCGGCAUGGGAAUCUUGUACUGGAGGAGGUGACCAGAGGAGGGACUAAUGGCAACAGCCCCAUCCCCAUGCUGGACAUAAAGGACAGACAACAGCCUUGGAGCACUGAGAAAAUCAGCUAGCGCACUGCAGCCGGCUGGUGCUGGUUUGGACUCCAUCCUCUGGAGCUCACAGUAGAAAACUCACUGGAAAAUAGCAGCAGCAGCACUAACAGGAGGCAAAUUCAGUGUAGGGAAUUAGUAGGAAAGGGACUGGAAAAAUGGAAUAGCCCACCUGGAACAACAGAUAGGUGAACUAAACACUGCAUUUGUCACCUGCAAGCUAUGCUUGUGGGACUCGAGAGGCAGCCGGCCAGCCACUGCUCAAAACCAGCAGCACCGCACUGCAUGCGCUUCUGGCUCUGAGGUGGCAGUGCAGUUUUUAUGCAUCCACAACUCCUAGAGGGCUGUGUGCUUUUUUGUACAAGGAAGGAAAUCUGCUCUGGUGAAAAGGCUUUGCAGUGGGGCUCACAGUCACCUUUCUAGUCCCCCUCCUGGCAGACGAGAGGCUUAGAAGUGGGUGGACAGAACCCAGCACCGGUUUAGAAGCCAUGGUAAAGGGGAUUACAGUGUUGAGGUGGAAGGGUCUUACACCACCAGUUUUUAAUGUAUUUGCAGGGAGAUGCAUUAGCAAUCAUUGCACAAGAAGGCUGUAGUACAGAUACUCUUAAGACCUCAUGACUACACUGUACUGUAAAUCUGCUUCUACAAGAUAUUAAUCCUGAACUGUCUACUUCCAUAUUAAAAAUAUGUCUUUCUCUCAGAAGUAGAAUUAUGCCACACA